GAGACACUUCAUGUUGAUCUUCACCUCUGACUGUUGUUACAGAUUCAUUUCAUACUGUAAAAGCCGUCAGCAAUGGAAAGACUGAUACAUGUGCUGCUGUUCUCAGUGCUCUGUCUGUUCAUUCAGAGCAUCUCAUGUGAAUAUGUUCUGAUACGGGAGAAGAUGACUUGGAAUGAGGCACAGGUUUACUGCAGACAGCAUCACAUUGAUCUGGUCACCGUUCAAAACACUGAAGACUGGACGAAUGUACAGAGAGAAGUUCAACCAGCAUUGACUUCAGACAUCUGGAUUGGACUCUUCAAUAACAUUUCAAGCUGGCAGUGGUCAUAUCAAAAUGAAUACAUUUCAUUCUCCAGAUGGUCUGGAACUGAACCAAACAACGCUUAUGGAAAGGAGGAAUGUGGCGCUUUAUGGUCUGAUGGUGGAUGGGAUGAUAGAGACUGCUCUGCUGAAUUUCCCGUAUUUUGCUACAAAGAGAAUGAAACAGAAGCUGACAGGUUUGUUUUUGUUAAUAUCCCAAUGAGCUGGCAUGAAGCUCUGAGUUACUGCAGACAACAUUACACAGAUCUGGCCGUCAUUCACAAUAAAACUGAGGAUCAAGUCCUGCUGCACCAGAUGUCAAUGCUAGGCAUUAGUUAUUCAUGGAUUGGUCUGUUCAGAGACUCAUGGAAGUGGUCAGAUGAUAUAAAUGUUGUGGACGUGUCCUCCAUUAACUGGAUGACUGGACAACCUGACUUGACGGGCGUGAACCAACCUUGUGAGACCAAGAAACAGAUUGUGAGAUUUGAGCUGAAAUCUGGUCAGAAUGUCAAUGAUCCUGCAGUGAUGAAGACCAUCUUACAGUCGGUGUGUAGACUGUAG